UACUCGAUUUAGAUUGCGAAAUAAAGAUGACAAAACAGCUCCUACCUCCCGUAUGCAUACGCAUAUGGAUGCAGCAUUUAAUGAAUGGAGCAUCGGUGCCCAAACAGACAUUAGAGCGCUCUUUGCUUGGAUCGGUGAAUUCGGACAAGGCAAGCCAGGCAGUAGAGGAUGCUAUAGACAUGGGUAUUCUUGUAGCGCAAGGAAAAAGCAUGUUGUCCUUUUGCCAUAAACGGAAAUCAAUACCCACCUCUUCAGCGGACAGAUAUUGCUACGAGUGCAAUCUUCCUGGGUCACUAAAGAGCUGCAAAUCGUGUUCACGCUCUUUCCACGAGUGCUGUCAACGCAAACACCCAGAAAGACCAACAUACGAUGUGCCCUCGGACAAGGGCCAGCCGCAUAGAUUCCCACUUAAUGAAUCGGACUCUGAUGUAGAGACUAAAAGUCAAGAGGAGCCGGCUCGGGCACCGCUGUCGACGGAGCACCAGCUGGACCACAACAGCAACAUCAACCUUAACUCCGUUUUGGAGACAUCUGUCAAGCGCGAGAGUCCGGAUUGGUACGAUGAUGUGUCCUUUGUCAGCGAGCAGCCGGCUGCUCGUCAGCGAAGGAAGUCCACGGUUAAGACUGAACAGCCACCGUUUCUAGAGCCUGAUACGUCAAGCAAUCGGGAGAACUGCACUGCCUGUCGACUGAUGACGCUGGCAAGGAUCCACCACCCCCCGCAAUUAAACAAGAGAGAGCUCAGUUGCUUGCUUCAGUACUCAUGGUCCAAGCAUCAGAGCUGGCUGAGCACAGAUGUGGACAAAGAUAUGAAAAGUUUGAGCAGUCGCGAUAGAGCGCUGGUGAAACGCGUGCUGUUCAAGACGAAUACGCUCGGCCAAGCGGAUAUUCAAAAAAACAUAGAGACCAAAAAGUAUACGUACUUGACAGAAUUUCUUGUUGAUUUGCUCGACUUGCAGCAUAACAUAGGCGUCUUCUUUGGCCAUACGGAACAGGCAUACAAUGCCACACAGUGGCUGAUGCGCGAUGUCACGCACGACAUUCGGGAAAUACGUCGUUGUCCGGACUGCUUUCGCAACUCAAAUGAAAUGGAGUGCAGCAUGUGGUUCGCCAAGCCCUGUCUGCAGCGGCAUGAGCUGGUAUUUGCCAAGCACGGUGGUUACCCGCCCUGGCCAGCAAAGGUGAUUAGCGUGUCAUCGAAAAACCCGAUAAAAUAUGAUGUGCGCUUCUUCGGCAAACACCAUUUGCGGGCCUCCGUCUUAGAAAAGGAUAUUAUAACUAUAGAGACCGAUGGAUUAUUCAAGCAUAAAGGGAAGAUCUCGAAAGCCCUAGCCGCCGCCAUGAGGGAACUCGAAUGCCACAAGAUGCUGUUAAACUACUCACCUGACCUCUUUGGCUUUCACGCAGAUCCCGCCGUAACCAAACAACUCAUCGAUAAUGCACUGUCCCACUGCCCGGAGCCUACAAACACUGCUACACCUGCCAAGCGUGGGCGUCCCGUCACUCCAGGGAUUAAUAGUAAGAAGCGCAGAACUACAAUUACCCCUGCUCCAGUUCCCACACGACAGGUGCCACUACGUCGAUGCUCGCUUGCAGCGCGGAUUGCAGGGGGAAAAGAGAACGAAUCUAUGACAAUGGCGGAAAAUAAUGAUCUUAAACAGCUGAGGUCUGAUUUAACUGAUUGCUACGAGAACCUCUUGAAAAAGACUGAAGAACUGGACGCGCUGAAAAAGGAGUUGGACGACGCAAAGCGUAAGCGCUGGUGUCAGCACUGUCUCCAAGAAGCUGCGUUUGAUUGCUGCUUCACCGCCUCUUACUGCAGCGUAGAGUGCCUGGGUCAGCACAAAAAACGUCAUCGUCGUGUGUGCAAAGCCAAGCGUUAGAAUACUUGUAUUUUACAAUAUGUGAAUAAAUUAUACACAUAACUAUAAUUUGUUGCCUUUGCAAAGGCAUGUUUUGAGAGGCUGAAAGCACUCAAUCUUCCAUUUAGACAAAUAAAUUCAACAGUAUUGGAUUUAA